AAGGCCGUUCAGCUUCCGGAUCUCCCUGGCUCCGGAAAUGUACUAUCACGACGCGUCCAUCUCCGCAGCGCAUGCUGAGCCGUUUUUCCUUCACCACCCCACCGGUCCCUCCAGCGCGGCACAGAAGCUUCCCGAACCUGUUGCACACGCCCCAGUCUCGGUAAUGGGGUGGUUCGAUCCCCCAAUAACUCACAUAUUCCCCUUCCGCGCGCGCUCUGUGUCCCUCCAGCCUUCCAGAAGUCAGCGCCGUCCACCCAUCUGCCUUCCCAUCCUUUCUCACCCGCUCAACCCGUGCGCGCCAGGCUGCCUGCCUCUCACUCCGUUUCUGAUCUCCCAGGGGCGAGCCGACUAGAAACGCAGCAUUGUGCUCAGAUACAUGGGUGGCCUCUGAGUCACCCGGGAGGAUGGAGAUUAGGCCUGGCCGGGGGUUGGAGAUCGCCGGAGUCGGACUGCGGGAAGAGCCGAUUCGGGAGGCAAAGGUCGACAAUGUGAGGUCUAGCGAGCCGUCCGCUGGAAGGCAUCCGCAAACGCUGUACGGGACAUCGAACCGUGCCUACCGGGCAUCAGUACUACACACAGGAGCACCGGGAGAAGAAGCAACUCACCCUCCACGCUCUUGCCGUCGCAUCAAAACAGUUGCUGCGCUUGUUAUCUU